AUGGAGGCAAUGGUCGACCGCGGGGACUUGAGCCUGGAUCCUAAGGAGAUCCCGGUUGAGCGGCGCGAGGGCAGCCUCACCAGCAAUACUAAAGAUGUGAAGGUACCCAAGGCCGAGGGCUCUACAUCAGCCAAUGCAGCGGUCUCAGACGCCAAAAGCUCUGCCAAGGCCAAGGAUAAGAAGAAGAAGAAGAACAAGUGUAAGAAAUUAACAUUGAGCAAGCGAAGUGUCAAGCACGGCAAAGCCAAGUCUAAGAAGGGUAAAAAGGCCGUUUUGGUCAGAGACACCUCAUCAGAAUCAAGUGACAGCGAAUCGGGUUCGGAUUCAGUCUCCUCAUCUUCCUCGUCGUCAAAUUCAGACUCGUCUGAAGAGGAUGAUUCGGAUGAGGGGGUUGGCAAGGAUGUCAGGUUGAAACCUGUCAUUAAAAAUGGGAAGAAAACCAAAAAGUUGUCAACGCCAUCGGCAAAAAAAGGAAAGAAGAGCAGGACUGCGGAAUCUCUGUCUGCCGAUUCUUCAGAUACGGAUGACGAUGCGUCCGACUCUGCAGUCGCUGACAAAACCAUUGGAGAUAGAGGCAAGAGCGGUAAGAAGCAAAGAGACCCUAGCUUGCAGCAACAAUUGCAACAGCUUCAGCGCCAGGUCCAGCAACUUGAGUCUCGCAACCAAGCUGCUGGUCUAAUCACCCAGGGUGGACCGCUCAACACGGCGGCCUAUAACGGUGUAGCUUUGGGCAACGGUGGCUACGUAGUACCUGGAUUCCAGACGACAGGGCAGUCCAACUGUGGUGGCUUCAACACUGGAGCUGUGAGCCUUGGCGGGAUUAACGGCACCAACUUCUCCCAAGAUGGCCGGCAGCGAGGCUUGGGAAACGCCAUCCCUCCCAUUCGGGGACAUCCUGGUCGUACUACAAUUCGACACCGCCGAAGUCACAGUAGCUUGGAACCCCCUCUGGAUGACGAUUAUGAUGAAGAUGACGAUGAGUAUGUCGACGAUCGGAGGCGUGAGGGAGGCAAGUCGAGGGCUUAUGUCAGAGAUGGAAGGCGUAGACCUCAAAGACUUGAAUUUAAGCGUGUCGACCAGGUCUGGGACUCGUCAAUCCAUAACUACAAGCUGCAGGACACAGCCGAGAACGUUACCAGCUCUCGUUACGAUGAGUAUCUGUUUCACGUGCGCCGCACAUUUGACUGGGAAGGCAAGUAUAAAGCGACAGUCAUCGAUAUCAAGAGCAAACAGCUUCGCGAAGCCCUACAGGAUGUCAUGGGCAAUAUCAAGGGAGUAAGCCUCGUGGAGGAGACGCCAAAACUUGAUCCUAACAUGCUGUUCCUAUACCUUGAGGAUCUUCGAGAACACAUGGUCAACUUGAAGGACCUGGUACCCCAUGCCAAGAGCAAGAAGGAACGCAAGAAGGUGCAGAAGUGGAUCAACGAGAAGCGUCGGCAUCUGCGUGUCCUCGUCAAGUACCUCGACAAGGACUAUGCCCAGGUCAAGAAGAGUCUCUAUCCACUUCUGGACAACGGCCUCAUCACUUUUGAUCUCUGCUGGGCUCUCUGGAAGCCUAACACCCUGGCAUACACAACGACUUACGGCUCCGCUGACGAGCCUCGAGUAUUCAAGGUGGAUGUAGCAGAGAAGCACUACAGCGUUCUGAAGGGCGAGUUCUAUUACAUCGAGGGAAAGUAUUUCGAGUAUGAUGGCAAACAGUUCGGUUAUGGCUCCAUGUCAGAGGAGAUGGGCGACUUCCGUGGCGCUCGCAAGAUCAGCAGCCUCGGCUGCUACCCACUGAAGUAUCACAAGAACGAAGACCAGCUGCGCGAGCAACUCAUCGAGCGGGGGAAGAAGUUUGUUAGCCUCGCCGGUGCACACUACAAGAGCCAUCAAGGUAUGGGCUACUACAAGAAGAAGAAGUCCAUCAUCAAGGUGAACAUCAACGGCCGCAUCAUGGUGGAUCCAAGCACACAUCGCCGGAACAACCCAAACUACCCGAUCUCCGUCGUUCGCCCCAAAGACCACGAUCUUAUCAGCGACCAGGAGGACAGUGAAGGCGAUGAAGGUGGCGCGUGCUUUGGAACUUCGUCAGAAGAGGCUGGCGACGGUGGCCACGCCCUCCUGGACGAUAACAACCGCGUUAAGUUCGUGACCAAAGUGAUCCGCGAUAAGAAGGGUCAAAUUCGCACAGUCCGCAUCCCCAAGGCGGAGCUCAGCGAAGACAGCAGCAAGGCGAAGCUCGACAAUGUUCUGUCCAAUAAAGAUAAGGAUGGCAGUGGGAAAGACUCGGACAAGACGGUCGCCGAAUCUGAGGAUGGAAAGCAUGAGAACCAAGAUGAGGAGGACAUCGACCCCCCUGAGUUCGCCGACGAAGAAUACCUGAUCGCAUCUCCCGUAGUCCUGGGUUUCGCGUUCGCCGAGAAGCUCUGGCUAGAGCUGUCAGUCUCCGGCGUCGGAGAAAUCUCGUGGAACGAGUCGGCGUACGACUCGCUGGUGCUAGAGCCGAAGACCAAGGACAUCGUCAAGGCUCUGGUCGAGUCACACAAGUAUCACGCCGCCGAGAGCAUCGACGACGUGAUUCAGGGCAAGGGGAAGGGCCUGGUGUUUGUGCUGCACGGCCCGCCCGGCACCGGGAAGACCCUUACGGCGGAGGGCAUCAGCGAACUGCUCAAGUGCCCGCUGUACAACGUGUCGGCGGGCGACCUGGGUACCGACUCACGAUUGCUCGAGGUCGAACUGCAAAAGGUGUUGGACAUCUGCCACGCGUGGGGUGCCAUCCUUCUGUUGGACGAGGCCGACGUGUUCCUGGAGAAGCGCAACAUGCACGACAUUCACCGCAAUGCGUUGGUCAGCAUCUUUCUGCGACAGCUUGAGUACUUCCAGGGCAUUUUAUUUCUGACCACAAAUCGCGUAGAGACCUUUGACGACGCCUUCCAGUCCCGAAUCCAUAUCGCGCUGCGCUACGACGAGCUGGACACCAAGGCCAAGAAGGCAAUCUUUAAGAUCUUCAUUGAUCGGGUGCGGGCACAGGUGAGCGAGGCGCAGAAACCCGCACCUUUGACGAAGAGCGACAUCAAUGGCAGCGGCAGCGGCCAAGUAGCGGCCAAGACACCAGACAGCAAGAAGGCGCUCGGCUGUGUUGACUUCACCGACGAGGACUACAAUACCUUAGCACGCCACACGCUCAACGGCAGACAGAUCAAGAACACUGUCCGAACGGCGCAGGCCUUGGCGGUGCAGAGGGGCGAGCCCCUGAGUAUGAAGCACAUCACGCAGUUCCUCGAUGUGCUACAGAGCUUCGAGAGGGACCUGAAGGGUGGUACUGGAUACCAGGAUGCCAUGAGGAGCUACUUCUAA